CGCAGCCCACUCGAUUUGACGAAGCAAAAAGUGCAACGGCAAACGAAAUGAAAUUGGACGGACGGCGAAAACCCUAAGCAAAAACCCAACCUCACCGGCAAAAAUGCGAGUUCCGAUCUCCGGGUUUUUCUCGAGAUCCAUAGGAUUACUCAACCGUAAAACGACUCUAAUCGCCGGUGCUCGCCAUCUAUGCGCCGUCGCUUCUCCCGAGGCCAGGACGAAGAAGCUCGAGCGGAUCGCCGACGACUUGCUCAAGCUGAACAGGAUUGAGCUUUACGAUUACUCAAUCCUCUUCAGCCAUAAACUCGGUCUCAAUCGCUACGGUUCCGCCGUGUCUGUCGCCGCCGACGAUGCGGACGCAUCUGGCUCUACAGAGAGCAAAACGGCGGAAAAGACUGCGUUUGAUGUGAAGCUGGAGAAAUUCGAAUCGUCUUCGAAGAUCAAGGUCAUAAAAGAGAUCAGAGCGUUUACGGAGCUGGGAUUGAAAGAAGCCAAGGAGCUGGUUGAGAAAGCUCCUGUUGUCGUGAAGAAAGGUAUCACUAAGGAAGAAGCUGAUCAGAUCAUGGAGAAACUCAAAGCGGUAGGUGCUACUGUAGCUUUGGAAUGAAAACAGAAAAAGAAUCUGAGAUUAUUGUGAUCAAAUAACUAUUUGAAUACUUCGAAAUCAAACAAUCUUGUAAUGUUUUUGAGAUGAUGAUAUUGCUUUUACAAUA